CUCUGACAGCCGCUCAUGGAUCCGCUCCCUCCCUUCACAAACACGGAAGCAGCAUGGCGUCCAACAGCAGCGGCGGCGGCAGCUCCGACAGGCAACGGAUUGCACAGCAAAGACUGAGAAUAAUCGCCGGGCAUUUACAAGGACCGGCGGACGGCGACUCCACCAUCCUAGCCGCGGAGUGCAAAGCCCAGGCCGGCAAGACACACGUCUCCAGUGAGAGGAAGACGGUGCCGAGGAGGAGGCAGGAGAUUAUGAAAUGGAACGGCUGGGGAUACAGCGAUUCAAGAUUUCUCUUCAACAAGAAAGGUCAAGCAGAAUUUACUGGCAAAAGGUAUAGACUGAGUGGUAUGAUCAUCCCUGCUCUGAAAGACUGGUUUGAAGGCACAUUUGGAGCCAAUUUGCAGCAUAAAUCUCCAGCAGCACCCAUCCUGACUAGCAGUGCUGUACAGCCUCCCACUCUUAACGAGGCCUUCGUGGAGGAUGUGAAAUCCACAGGUAUUCCCUUCUCUCAUGACGCAGAGGACCGGGUGUUUCGCGCCCACGGCCAUUGCUUACACGAGAUCUUUGCUCUGCGAGAGGGGAAAGUUGGGCGUGUUCCAGAUAUGGUGGUAUGGCCAAACUGCCACAAUGAUGUCGUGAAAAUUGUGGAACUGGCGUGCAAACAUAAUGUUUGUUUGAUACCAUAUGGAGGAGGGACCAGUGUCUCUAGUGCCCUGGAGUGCCCCCCAGAGGAAACUCGCUCCAUUGUCUCUCUGGAUACCUCUCAGAUGAAUCGCAUCCUGUGGAUUGACGAGAAAAAUUUAACUGCCCAUGCGGAAGCUGGCAUCGUCGGUCAGGACUUGGAGAGAUUGCUUAAUGAGAGCGGCUACUGUACGGGGCACGAGCCUGACUCCAUGGAGUUCAGCUCCCUGGGGGGCUGGGUAGCAACCAGAGCGUCGGGAAUGAAGAAGAAUAUCUACGGCAACAUUGAGGACCUGGUCAUCCAUGUAAAGAUGGUGACCCCACAAGGGGUAAUUGAAAAGAGCUGUCAGGGCCCACGCAUGUCCACGGGGCCGGAUGUUCACCACUUCAUCAUGGGCUCAGAAGGAACCCUGGGUGUGGUUACUGAGGUAACGCUGAAGAUUCGUCCCAUGCCGGAGUAUCAGAAAUACGGCUCAGUGGUAUUCCCUAAUUUUGAGCAGGGAGUUGCCUGUCUUCGAGAGGUUGCCAAACAGAGGUGUGCCCCAGCAUCUAUACGACUCAUGGAUAAUGAACAAUUUAAAUUUGGUCACGCCCUGAAGCCUCAAGUAUCUUCAAUAUUCACAUCCUUUCUGGACGGGUUGAAGAAAUUUUACAUCACCAAGUUCAAAGGGUUCGACCCCAACCACUUGUGUGUGGCCACCCUGCUGUUUGAGGGAGAUCGUGAGAAGGUCCUGCAGCAUGAGAAGCAAGUUUAUGACAUCGCUGCAAAAUUCGGGGGGCUGGCAGCUGGAGAGGACAAUGGGCAGAGGGGCUACAUGUUGACCUUCGUCAUCGCUUACCUCCGGGACUUGGGGAUGGACUACUAUGUGAUCGGGGAGUCCUUUGAAACCUCUGUGCCUUGGGACAGGGUGUUGGACAUUUGCCGGAACGUAAAGGCGCGCAUCGUUCGAGAGUGUAAAGACAAAGGAGUGCAGUUUCAACCGUUGUCAACAUGCAGGGUGACUCAGACGUAUGACGCUGGUGCCUGUGUCUACUUUUACUUUGCCUUCAACUACAGGGGACUCAGUGAUCCAGUACAUGUGUAUGAACAAGUGGAGCAUGCAGCUAGAGAAGAGAUCCUUGCAAAUGGAGGGAGCUUGUCACAUCACCAUGGAGUGGGUAAACUUCGGAAGGAGUGGAUGAGAGAGACCAUCUCCAGCGUCGGCAUCGGGAUGCUCAAGUCUGUCAAGGACUACGUGGACCCCAAUAACAUCUUCGGCAACAGGAACCUCCUCUAAAUCCCCGCUCAACUUUAUCUCACCUUUUUCUUAAAAAAGGCAUCUUGUGCAUUUUGAAUUAAUAGAUACUAAAUAUGAAUUUAAAAUGGAGAAGAGAUGUUUGUCUUUUUCAUCAAAAGUGUCAUUCGGUGCCAUUUAUCGAUUCACCCAAACCUUUUAUUUUAUGUUAUAUUGCACAUAAUAUGCUGUAACAAUCAUUGUCACUCACGGUGGAGCUCAUUAAUGCUGUUGAGUCGCAGCCUCCGCUUGUUGUUGGAGCUACGGCCAUGAUGCAACCAGACAUGAUGCAGCAAAACCUUGAUUUUUGUCAUGAUUUCUUAACAUUUCCUAAAUAUCCUUGCCAACGUGUUAAACUCAUCUGUUUGUUUUUACUUUCCUUGUGCGCGUGUGGCACUUCUUUAGUGGUAAGUUCUCGAUGAAUGCGCUUUCUAAAGCUCUGUGCCUUUCUAAAGCUUAUGUCUGCCUUCCCCUUCUCCUACUGAAACACUCUGCUGGUGAGUCCCUUUGUGAAGCGAAUUAACGUAGACAUGACUUUUCCUGUGUCUUCAUCUUGUUCAUGCCCUCAUGCCUUUUGUUGUACUAACCUAUUGCCAUAAGAGACUUUUUCUCAACUGUGUGUGUGUGUGUGUGUGUGUGUGUGUGUGUGUGUGUGUGUGUGUGUGUGUCUGCCUCAACUAAAGCCUCCCCCUGCCCCACCAAAUUUUAACAAGAACCCCCCCUCCACACACACACACACCUCCUGAUGAUUACAAAGCGAUAAUCCUUGUGUGUUUAGUUUUUUGUACUGAAAGCGUUUACCUUGCAUGGUUUGUUACUGAGAAAGUAAAGUGGGGGGGUGGUGGGGGGGAGCCAUCGCGUUUUUUCCGAUCACGCCUGCUUCAGUGUGACAGCAGUCUAAGGCCUCUGGAUCCCGGUGCUCACGUCGUACCAAAGACUCAACACAUCAGAUCAUGCACACCUUCACAUAUUAACUUCAUGCACAGCUAAACUAUAUUUUUUAAUCAGCAUAUGCAAAGAUAACCCUUCUGAGAGCUGUAAAAUGCAGAUAUUUGUGACUGUUUCAUGUGCUAAAACUUUCUACAUCACGUUUCUUAUGUUCUAGACACAGUAUCGCAUUAUUUCCACUGCCAUGAAACUGCCCCAGAAAUUAUUCCUGGAAAUGCUUCCCUUGUUAUGUGCAUUGUGUAAAGGUUUUUUGGAACGGAUACUACAAUUUGAUACCAGACUUGUACCAUUUGUCACGGUGUAACCAUUGAUUUUGAAGCAAAGUAAAGCUUUAAGAGAGCAGCUUGCUGAGGAAUCCUGCCUUUUCCCCCCUUCUAACCCGUGCUGCACAUCUUCCUUGAACCGCCUUGUCCUUUUUAAUUCAUAAUAUUAUCCCCAAAUGAAAGGAUCUGUCGUGUGACAUUUUACCUUUGUGUCAAAAAAUCGUGCGAGAGCUUUUGAUUGUUAUGGAUGUACCUUUUUGUUAUUUUCCACCUCUCUUAACGAUGUCGUAACAUCCAAGUACAUUUUGUCAAUGCUGUUUGUGCAAUAAAUUGAACUAAAACA